AUGAAGCAGAUUUCGAAGACCCACCAGCAGGAGGACGCGACGAAGUUGUUCCGAGAAGUGGCCGAGCGUUAUCCAUCGUACAAUAUCACGACAUUCUCGCCAUUAUGGCUUUUCACUGAUCAGUAUGCCAUCGUUGUACCUAACACCAUGCAGAAUAUCCUGAUAGCUCUGCUAGUAAUGAUUGUGAUCGCGAUGCUUUUGAUCCCACAACCAAUGUGCUCAAUUUGGGUUGCAUUCGCUAUCGCGUCCAUCGAUCUUGGUGUCAUCGGUUUCAUGACUCUCUGGGAUGUCAACCUGGUAAAAAACUGUUUUACACCCAAAAAAAUUUUGGCAAGAUUUUUUAAAAUAAAUCUUGCUUGUCGUAUAAAGCAUUUGCAGCUUAUCCGGAUUUUGGGACAAACAUCCUUUGCUCCAUCGCUCUCUUCGUCACAGCUAGCGCUCGCUCUUCGACUUGAAUGA